CUCAUCAUUCACAAACACAAACAGAACAAAACAUUAACAGCAUUAAGGUUCCAUAAUUGUUCGUUCAUUCAAUAUGAUGGUAGAGGACACGUUCUUGUUCCCGCCUGAUACAGAUCUUGAUCUUAGUUUUACAAGCACCACCACUGACCGUACCUUCACCACCGCCUCCUCCUCCGCCCGCACCUCCCUAACACGCACCAGCAGUCUCACCCUCAGCUUCAGCUUCAACGACCGUCUCUCCGCCGCAUCCGCCUCCGCUACAACCUCAUCUGCCUCCGUCCUCCGCCGUCCCCACCGCAGCUCCGACCCACACUGGUCCGCAAUCCGCGCUGCUACAGCCCUCUCCUCCGACGGCCGCCUCCACCUCCGACAUCUCAAGAUCCUCGGCCAUCUCGGCACCGGAAACCUUGGCCGCGUCUUCCUCUGCCGCCUCCGUGACGAUCACCAUGGCGGCGCCACCUUCGCCCUCAAGGUCGUUGACAAAGACCUCCUAAACGCCAAGAAACUCUCCCACGUAGAAACCGAGGCAGAAAUCCUCCACGCGCUAGACCACCCUUUCCUUCCCACGCUCUACGCGCGCAUCGAUGCUUCUCACUACACUUGCCUCCUCAUCGACUAUUGCCCCAAUGGAGACCUCCAUUCCCUCCUCCGCAAACAGCCCGGCAACCGGCUCUCUAUCCGGGCGGUCCGAUUCUUCGCAGCGGAGGUUCUCGUCGCGCUCGAGUACCUCCAUGCGCUAGGAAUAGUUUACAGAGAUCUCAAACCAGAGAACGUUCUGUUACGCGAGGACGGUCACGUCAUGCUCUCGGAUUUCGAUCUCUGCUUUAAAGCUGACGUGGCACCUGUUUUCGAGCGUAGGUCACAUUCCCCGAGACUAACAACAAACUCAAGAAACCGUUGUUUCUGUUAUAACAACAUUAGCAACAAAUCUCGAUUUACGGAGCACGUGGUGGCGGAGUUUGUUGCGGAACCAACAACGGCGUUUUCACGAUCGUGUGUUGGGACCCACGAGUAUCUCGCUCCGGAGCUUGUUUCUGGUAACGGUCAUGGUAACGGCGUGGAUUGGUGGGCUUUUGGGAUUUUCAUCUAUGAACUUUUGUAUGGUACGACGCCGUUUAAGGGGUAUAGUAAAGAGAGUACGCUGCGCAAUAUAGCAUCCAGCAGGGACGUGAGAUUUUACGUUAAUGAGAGAGAGGAAUUGGAGGAAGGGAUAAGUGAAGCUAGGGAUUUGAUUGAGAAGCUUUUGGUGAAGGAUCCGAGGAGGAGGCUAGGGUGCGCCAGAGGUGCAACGGAUAUUAAACGGCACCCGUUUUUUGAUGGGAUAAAGUGGCCGUUGAUUCGGACGUACAAGGCACCGGAGGUGAGGGGGUUGGUGAAGAGGAGUAGGUCGUUGCAGCACGUGACUAGUCACGUGACACAUGGUAGAAGGAGAAAGUGGUGGUGGAAAGCGCUUGAGUAUGUGAUGAGGAAGAAGGGGAACAAAUAUAAUUCGAUCACAAACUAUAGUAAUGGGAAUUAUUAUCAUUUUGUUAAUUCUUCUAAAGUUAGGUAAAUCAAUGCGCAAUGCAAAGCUCAGAUGGGAUUUAUAGUUUUGAUUUUUGAAUGUAGUCUGAGUUUGUAAGCAUUGGAAGAUAGGAUAGUGUUGUAAGUUGUAACUUGUAACCAUAAUUUUGGGUGUGUAGUAUUUUACGACAUAAGUUUGACUGUUGUAUAUGAAUCACAGU